AGCUGGAGGCGAUGGCGUUUCAUGUGGCAUGUCCUCUCACCUGCCGGAAGAUUUGCAACUGCGCGCUCGGAUCGUCAGGGCCGCUGCGCAAGCUCGGCGGCAAGGACGCGUUCUUACGCAAUGCGGCGGCUCUCCAGAAGCUCCUGGCGAAGUCUCCACUGAUGAUCACGACUGGCGAGGACACGGUUGAGGUUCUCGUGCCGCGGCAGUCCAAGGAGUCCUCAAAGAAGAAAAAGAAGAAACCAUCCACGUCGGUGGCAGCGGCAGCGGCCGAGGAAGAUGGAGGCGCUCCUCAAGAUCCUCAGGAGCUCCAAGCACAGGAAGAAGAAAAAAUUCUAGAGUCAGUGCCAGAACCUGAGGCCGAUCACGAAGCCGAGCAAGAGGAGGAGCCAGAGCAACCAGAGCAACCAGAGCCAGAGCCGGAGAUCGAAGAACAAAGCGUGCCAGCGGAGGACAAUCAACCAGACUAUCAGACACCAGAUGAUGGAGGAGGGGAAGUGAGUACGCCUUCUCAGCCGGAAGAAAGCGUUGCUCCUCCCGAGGAGAUAUUCUGCGGGCUAUGUCAACUGGCAGAAGCCGAGAGUAAGAAGCAGGAAAGGAUGCUAACUUGCCAGGGAUGUGACCGACGAUUCCACCGCAAAUGUUUGAAAGACUGGGCAGGAAAUCGAGAUUUAUUCAACUGGGCUUCUUGGCGUUGUUUGCAUUGCCGGACGUGUGAAGAUUGCAAAGUUACGGGUGAUCCCAACAGGCUCUUGUUUUGCAAAAGAUGCGAUGAAGCUCACCACAAUAACUGCAAGCAAAGUGGUGCUAAGGCUCCGGCAAAAGGACCAUUUCUUUGUCCAAAACACUCGCAGUGCCAUAGCUGUGGUACUCGUGUUCCUGGAGGGGGUUCUAGUUCAAGGUGGUUCCACUCGUAUCUGUUUUGCGAUGCUUGCGGACGACUGUUUGUGAAAGAUAAAUACUGUCCAAUCUGCAUGAAGGUGUACAGAGAAUCAGAGCCGACGCCCAUGGUUUUAUGUGAUGGUUGUGAGCAUUGGGUUCAUUGUGUCUGUGAAGGCAUCAGCGAUGAAAAAUAUCAGGAGUUUCAAACGAUACAAAAUUUGCGUUUCACAUGUGCUGCCUGUCGUGGAGAAUGCUUCCAGGCGACGAGUGUCGAGGAAGCAGUGGUUGAAUUAUGGAAACGCAAAGACGAGGCAGAUCGGGAUCAGAUUAAAAGCUUGCGUGCUUCAGCUGGUCUUCCUUCGGAAUCCGAGAUGGCUAGACUGUGUCCGUCCUCUGACGACGAGCAAGCACCAGCUUCAGCACCCGCCAGAAAGGAAGGGAAAUGGGUGUUUAAAGUGAAUAGCAGCGCGAAAGCAAGAGGAAAGUCGAGUGAAGAAGCCGCCGACUCAUCCAAGAAAAGGUCCAGGAGUGACAACGUUGAGCCCCCGGAAACCGAGAGAAAGACGCUCAAGCUCAAGAUAAAAAAGCCGUCGGGCACCGAAGUUGUGGAAGCCUCCAACACAGCUCGGGGACAGAGAAGCAAAAGGAAAAGGCCAGCGAGCUCACAGGAGGAGGAGGUCGCGGACGCAGUAGAAUCGGAUGAAGACGACACAUCUAUUCUCCACCGGCUUGGCUCGGACGCAGUGACGAAGAGAGUGGAAGUCUGCCGAUCGUCUGAUAAAACAUGGUUGAAGGGAACGAUAACUCACGUGCAGCAACGCAGAUCGCAGUUCACAGUAAAUUUUGACAACGGUGACAAGAAGACUCUCAAAUACGGCAAGGAAAAAGUUCGGCUUUUGGGAAAGAGAGAGAGGUAGACAAGGCAAGCUAGACAACUUUGUUUUUUCGUCUUUAGAAGGUAUAGGUUUGUAGGCUACUGUUUGAGAGGGUAUGGAGACAGCCAAGAGCUUCCAGACGCAGCUCAUUCCUCCAUUCAGGUAUGCGAUUGUGGAAGAAUCGCUGUACAGGGGGGCUUACCCAACGAUGAAGAACUUUAGAUUCUUGAAGCGGCUACACUUGAAGACGAUAGUAUCGCUCACUCCAGAGGCUCAACCCAACAAAGAUCUCAGGAGCUUUUGUCAAGACCAAGGGAUCCAUCUGCAGCACUUUCAUGUGGACAAAUUCCAGGAUGUCGUGACACUCUCCCACAACCAAGUUGUGGAAAUCCUUCACAGGAUAAUCUCCGUGGAGAAUUUGCCGGCUUACUUGCACUGCUUGGAUGGAGCUCAUGUCACCGGCCUUGUGGUAAUGUGUCUGAGAAAGCUCCAGUGCUGGAACUUAUCCACAUCGACGGCGGAGUUUUGUCGAUUCCAGAGAACCGGAGAGAUUUCUCGAGAGGAGUCCCAGUUUGUGGAGUCCUUCCAAGGGAGCAUACUCAUUCCUCCAAGGAUUCCACAAUGGCUCUGGCAAGGCGUUCGAACUGUCAACCAUCCCAUCUUUCGCUUGACUUACCUCCCAGACGAAGAGAGUGAUGCGUAAAAGAGGAGUGAUGCGUAAAAGAGUAAAACUUCUCACUUGUCUUUUUACUUGUCUAUCACUUCCAGAUCUUAGAGCCUCUUCUUGUGAGACCUGGCCUGUCUCGAGAUCUGGAGGAUGAUCAUGGUGACGAAACAAACCACCAGCAUCAUCCUCCCAGCGCUUGCGUUGCGUAGAGCCUGGAUCCAGUCGCUACUAAAAUCCACAAAGAUGCAAGUUACCAUCGCGACGAUGAAGCCGAUUCCAACACCAAUUUUUAUCACUGGCACCAGCCGCGACCUCUGCAAAAUCAUAGAAAUCCAUUCAAGGUAGAACUUUCGGAAAAAUAAAAUGGAGAACUUUCGAACCUUUGGAUC